AUGACGGUGCCGUCAUCUCGGCAAUCUUUCCGUUUCAGCGGUUCGCGACCCCCUUCUGCAGGGCAAACGCAGCCGGAGAGUGGCAGUGAGGAGGAGGAUGAGGAGGAGGGUGAGGGCGAGGAGGAUGAGGACAAUGAGGGAAGUGGGGAUGAUAGCGAGGCCGGGUGGGACCCAGAGACGCAUGGCGGUGGGGACAGGGGAGAUGACGAUGAAGACCACGAGAUGGAUGGGUUGGAGCCAGAGGGGCCGGAGGAGGAGGUGGCCGAGGGUGGUGGAGAGGCGGCGACAGAGGUUGGCUCACACCAUGUGCGUGAGGGGCGUGGGAGCGUGGGGGUGAAAGUGGGGAGAAAGGCCGCUACCAUUAAACCCAUUAGGCUGCCGAGGCGGGGGAAGAGGGCGAACAAGUUGAGGGAGCGGGCGUACCCCUGCACGUUCACCGGGGAGCCUUUGGGCGAGGGUGUGAUCGCCCCGGAGUUCCUAGACGAGGAAGGAGGGUCAGAGAGUAGCAAGGGGACUGCCACGGGGGGCAGGACACCGGGGUGGCAAGUACAGAUGUUCGGACCGAAAGACGCUGAUGAGAAGCGUCAGUGCAAGAUUUGCACUGACAAGAUCUCGUGGAAGCAAUCCACGACCACACCCGGCGAGCGGCACUUCGCGAGCCACCAUACUGCGCACAUGCUCGUGUGGUUCGUGUGUGUGUGCCAUUCAGUUGCCAGGCGAGACACAGGGAAGGCAGCUGGUGGAGAUAAGAAGGGGGGCGGGAUCGAGCGGUUCAUGACAACGAAGCUGACCUCGGUGGAGCUUCGACAGGCGAUCACCAAGCUAGUGGUCACCUGCGACCUCCCCUUCCGCAUCGUGGAGGCCGAGGCUUCCGCCAUUGCAGAGCUGCUGGCGAAGGAGGGGGAGCUGGGGUGCAAGGUGUCGUUUACCAUCGACAUAUGGACCGCACCCAACAACAAAGCAUGGCUAGUGGUGACCGGGCACUGGAUAGACGAGUCCUUCCAGCUGCGCACCAUGGUCCUUGAGUUCAGUGAUAUGCUCGGGCGGCAUGGGGGCAAGGAGAUUGCGAGGGUGGUUGAGGAGACAGUGGUGCAGUGGAAGUUGGAGGGGCGUUGUCUUGGUUUGACGUCAGACAACACCUCUAGAAACAUUGCUGCCUUCAGGCGGCUGUCGGAGGAGGGUGGUGGUAUGUGCUUCUUCAACGAGCGCAUGCACUUCCGGUGCCUGGCACAAGUGAUCAACCUCGCAGUGAAGGCUGCUCUCGCAGUGGCCGCCAUACGCAAGGUGCUGAAAAUUUUGAGGGAGAUGGCGUCGUGGGUGGGCUUCUCGCCGCAGCGCUCAGGGAAGUUCCUGGGCCUACAACGAACCUUGAACGCGCAGGCCAACCCCACCAAUCCGAAGCCGGCGCUGAAGCUGGUGCAGGACUCUCCAACGCGCUGGGGGUCGACCCACGACAUGGUCGAGCGAGCCGGGGUUCUACAGGAACCCAUCAAUGUCUUCUUUGCCCAGACACAGGGCUUGUCGGCGACCGACAAGAAGAAGGUCGAGAGCAUGCGCCUGACUGACGCAGACUGGGCGACUCUGCAUGCUGUCAAGACCUUCCUCAGCCCAUUCGCCAAAGUCUCAAAGGCAGCGGAGGGGGCGGCGUACCCAACAGUGUCGAUGGUGCUGCCGUACUACAACGGCCUGAUCGACGCUAUGGAGGCGCGCCUCGCGAGGGGGCCAUCGGCUGCGCUGAAGCCGAUGAUCGAGGCGGCGCUGGGGAUGCUGAAGAAGUAUGCGUACAUGUCCUCCAACGAGCUGUGGAUCGCCACCUUCUUGGAUCCGUCCAUGAAGGCGGCGUGGUUCGAUGACGAGCACUGGGAGACGCAACAUCCCGAGACCGAGCGGAGGGUGAGGCCGCGUCCCACUUCUAGCGAGGUGGUCCAGCUGGUACGCGACCGCGUCGCCGAGUACCAAGCCCGGGCUGCAGAGCUUGCUCCCCGGCCGCCCCCUCUUGCAGCCGUGACGGAGGAGGAGGAGGGGGACGAGGCGGAUGACGACGAAGACGCGCAGUUUCUCCCUAGUCGCCGACGACUAGCAGCGCGUCUCUCAGCGAGCCAGGAGGCGGGGAGGGGCGGGAUGUUGCAGGAUGACGAGGUUAGCAGGCACCUGUCGGAGAGGGUUCGGUGUGACGUGACGGCGUUGGAGUACUGGCGGAGCGCCACCAGCAUGCAGACACUGAGGCGCAUGGCCCGGGAUUAUCUCGCGAUCCCUGCCACGUCCGCCUCGAGCGAGCGCGUAUUCUCCCUUGGCCGCAACCUCAUUUCCUGGAAGCGGCACCGCCUGGCCUCCCAGAGAACGCGAGCUGUCAUGGUUCUCCGAUCCUGGUUCAGCUCACACCCCGGCCAGAGGAUAGGCGAGGGCCGCCGACAGAGAGGCGUCGCAGCGCCAGAGUUCGCCAUUGAGGGCGAGGGGGCGGAGGAGGACGACGAGGAGGAGGACGAGGAGGAGGAGGAGGGGGGGGAGGGUGUGGGGGCGGCCGCCGACGACACAGGUGGCGGGGAGGAGGUUGUUGUUGGUAGUAGCAGUGCUGCAGCCUAG